CAGGUCUCGGGCCCUCAGGCGGAGCGGCGGGCGCCGGACCCCCAGAUGGAGCGACAGGUCUCGGGCCCCUCAGGCGGAACGGCGGGCGCCGGACCCCCAGGUGGAGCGACAGGUCUCGGGCCCUCAGGCGGAGCGGCGGGCGCCGGGCCCCAGGGCGGAGCGACAGGUCUCGGGCCCCCAGGCGGAGCGACAGGUCUCGGGCCCUCAGGCGGAGCGGCGGGCGCCGGACCCCCAGGCGGAGCGACAGGUCUCGGGCCCUCAGGCAGAGCGGCGGGCGCCGGACCCCCAGGCGGAGCGACAGGACUCGGGCCCCCAGGCGAAGCGGCGGCGGGCACCAAGUCACCAGGCACGACAGUGGGCUCCGAGUCAACUGGCAUGACCGCUGGCACUGGGUCAGACAUUGGAUCGUCUGGCUGGACAGCGGGCAUCGGGUCACCAGGCAUCAGGUCAUUUGGCUCG